AUGGCGACGGGCGGCAAGGGCGAGCACGAGCCUCAGAAGGUGCUCAUCAUUGGUGAUUCAGCCGUUGGCAAGUCGUCUCUCAUUGCUCGCUACGUGGCCAAAAAGUUCGAGGCCAACUACCUCACUACCCUUGGCGUUAACUCGAAAUUGACAGGCCAGGAGCGCUUUGGUCAGCUGUUGCGCGUGUACUACAAAAACGCCAAUGCAUGCAUGGUCGUGUGCGACGUUACCCGCAAACAGACACUUGAUAAUGUGAGCCAAUGGAAACGUGAGCUAGAUGACAAAGUCACACAUCCAGAUGGCGGGCCCCUACCGGCCAUCCUCCUCGUCAACAAGUGUGACAUGAAGGAAGCGCGCAAGGUGUCUACAGAGGACAUUGAGCGCGUCGCAAAAGAAUACGGUUUGUCGCUGCGUUCAACUCAACCGCCUUUCUGA